AAAAUCUAAAUAAAAACAAGAACAACCGCAAUACUUAAAAAAAAAAAGCAAACAAACUUUAAUAAAAAUUGUAAAAUAUUAAAUAAAAAAAAAAACUACAAACAGGAGGCCUCGUGCUUUAAACCGAAGUGUUUCGUAUUUAAAGGAAGAAAUCGCACUUUCAGGACAGCGGAUUCUUUUUCUUUACCUCUUUUUUUCCUCCCAACUUUGACAUUCGGAGUCAGUCGUCGUUAUUGGAUCUGAAAUCACUUGAUAUUCUUCAUCAUAGAGAGAAAGAGAGGGGGAGAGGAGAGAGUUGGCGACAUAUUCAUUUGACAAGUCCGAGAUAUGAACACAGCGACCGGGAGUUAUCCGAUGGCUUCUCUCUACGUGGGCGACCUGCACCCGGACAUCACGGAGGCGAUGCUGUACGAGAAAUUCAGCCCCGCCGGACCCGUGCUCUCUAUCCGGGUGUGCAGGGACAUGAUCACCCGGCGAUCGCUCGGAUACGCGUACGUCAACUUCUCUCAGCCUGCCGACGCUGAGCGAGCGCUCGACACCAUGAACUUUGACGUGGUGAAAGGGAAACCGAUCAGAAUCAUGUGGUCCCAGAGAGACCCCUCCCUCAGGAAGUCCGGCGUGGGCAACGUGUUCAUCAAGAACCUCGACAAGUCCAUUGACAACAAAGCCCUGUACGACACAUUCUCUGCCUUUGGCAACAUCCUCUCGUGCAAGGUGGUGUGCGACGAAAACGGAUCCAAGGGCUACGCCUUUGUCCACUUUGAGACGCAGGACGCGGCCGACCGCGCCAUCGAGAAGAUGAACGGCAUGCUCCUCAAUGACCGCAAGGUAUUCGUGGGUCGCUUCAAGUCGCGCAAAGAGCGGGAGGCCGAACUUGGCGCCAAAGCCAAAGAGUUUACCAACGUCUACAUCAAGAACUUUGGGGACGAUAUGACUGACGAGCAGCUGAAGGAGCUUUUUGACAAAUAUGGUAAAACUCUCAGUGUGAAGGUGAUGACCGACCCCACGGGCAAAUCCAGAGGCUUUGGAUUCGUUAGUUACGAGAAGCACGAGGAUGCAAACAAGGCGGUGGAGGACAUGAACGGAACGGAGCUCAACGGAAAGACCGUUUUUGUCGGGCGGGCGCAGAAGAAGAUGGAGCGACAGGCGGAGCUGAAGAGGAAGUUUGAGCUGCUGAAGCAAGAAAGGAUCAGUCGUUAUCAGGGUGUAAACCUUUACAUUAAGAACCUGGACGACACGAUAGACGACGAGAAACUGCGUAAGGAGUUCUCCCCGUUUGGAUCCAUUACAAGUGCCAAGGUGAUGCUUGAAGAAGGCCGCUCUAAAGGCUUUGGCUUUGUCUGCUUCUCUUCGCCUGAAGAAGCCACCAAGGCUGUGACUGAGAUGAACGGCCGCAUCGUUGGCUCCAAACCUCUCUACGUGGCUCUCGCUCAGCGCAAGGAGGAGCGCAAGGCACAUCUCACCAACCAGUACAUGCAGCGGAUCGCUGGCAUGAGGGCCAUGCCGGCCAACGCCAUCAUCAAUCAGUUCCAGCCCACCAGCGGCUACUUCAUGCCCGCCGUGCCCCAGGCCCAGAAUAGGACGACAUACUAUGCACCCAAUCAGCUGGCACAAAUGCGACCUAACCCUCGGUGGCAGCAACAGGGUGGUCGAGGUCAAGGUGGUUUCCAGGGAAUGCCCAGCUCACUGCGUCAGCCAGGACCGCGUGCCAACCUGAGACACAUGAGUCCUGGUAGCAACACACAGGGUCCACGAGCUACAGGCCAGACCAUGGCUCCUCGCCCAUCGAUGGGAGUCCCGGGCCCUCGAGCCAUGCCUCCUUACAAAUACGCCACCGGCGUCCGUAACCCCAACCCCCAGGUAGUGCAGCCGAUUGCCUUACAGCAGACGCAGCCAGCGGUGCACGUUCAGGGUCAGGAGCCUCUCACUGCCUCCAUGCUUGCUGCUGCGCCGCCUCAGGAGCAGAAACAGAUGCUGGGAGAGCGUCUUUUCCCACUGAUUCAAGCGAUGCAUGCCAACCUGGCAGGGAAGAUCACUGGCAUGCUGCUGGAGAUCGACAACUCUGAACUGCUGCAUAUGCUGGAGUCUCAUGAAUCUCUGCGUUCAAAGGUGGAAGAAGCUGUGGCCGUGCUCCAGGCUCAUCAGGCAAAGAAGGACGCCACCCAAAAAGUGGGCGGCAUGGCUUCCACUCCUGCUGCGGCCACAUCUUGAAGACUGGACACAGAAAAACAAUCAGAGAUGGGAAGAGAAACAAACACUGACUCCAAACACCAGAGUCCUCUGAACAAAUAUGCAAAAAUGAAAAACCAAGGCAAAAAAAAGAGAAAGAAAAUGUAAUUUUGAAACAUACUUGAACCAUUUAAAAAAAAAAGAAAAGAAAUUACACUUCAUAGUUUUCUAGAUCUGUAAUACUUUUAAAUAAGAGCUUAUACCUAAAGAAAUAGUGCAAAUGAAUUCUUGAAUGCAGGACCUUUCAUUUAGUGGCUGAGGAAAGAAAUUCUGGAAGGAAAUUGAGCUGUUGUUCUUUUUCUUUCUCGAUGUUUGAUGAUUGAUUUGAAAUGAUUGACUCCUAUCAUGUUUUCAUGGGUCUGCAGUAUUGUCAAUAAAGUGAUGAUAUAUCAAGUUUA